GAAGCGCGCAGUCAAGCCGAACACACAUCGUCACAUUCAUAUUCACACGAUCAUUCAAUUCGUUCAAUUCAUCAAAUCUUCAUGUAGAACAAACCUGUCUUCAUCGACCACCGGGAACAUGGUUGGUGAUGGCGGGGUUGAUAAGCCCCGGCGGCAGCGGCACAUGGCUCGAGUGAAUCAGGCCUGUCUUCGCUGCAAAAUGAAGAAAAUUCGCUGUGACGGUAAAACACCGACAUGCACCACCUGUGGGAAACUUGAAGCACAGUGUGAGUAUGCUCCGCUCCAGAAGAAGAGAGGACCGGGGAAAAGCAAGCAGUAUAUUCAAGACUUGGAGAGCCGCUUGGCGGAUAUGCAGAACUCACUUCAGCGAACCGCAGUGUCCCAGACAGGAGCUUCCAUUGGAAGCACACCCCUCCAGGCCGAGCGUGAAAAUCAGCCCGCAGAGAGCGCCAAUAUAUCCGUAGUGGAAUCUUCAAGUCAGCCGUCCAAGUCCAUAACGGUCUCGAAAUCCCCAGAUCCCAUCCAACAGCAAAUCCGCGCAGCCGUUUUUCCAUCCAAAAACGCGGAUAUUUUCCAAGUCAUCAGAAAACGCGUGAAGAACCUGAAAGAGCACAUUCGAUUCGAGAAGUUUCAGUCGCAGGUAUUUGCUCCCCUGAAUUCAGCACAGCCAAAUGAAGACUACAUGGGACCCAUCUUUGACGAGGUCAUCGCCCCUUACCCACUGUUUGAGUGGGCGUCGUUCGAGGCUAAGUUGAACGACCCGAACUCCUUCGCCGACACAGCAUGGCGAGCAUGUGUCUACGUUGUGCUUUCUCUGACGACCUGCUUCAGGGCAGCAAAUACCGCAUUCGAACAUCUACACGGCGGAGCAUGGGCGUAUUUCAAGACUGCCUUUGGGAUGCUCCCGGAGCUCAUGGUGCGAGGUAGUGAUCUAGAUGCCGUAGAAGCCGUUACUGUGAUGGCCAUGUUCGCGAAGACCUCGCCCGAUACGCAGACUCUCUCGGUCCUCAUAAACUCCGCGACCCAUAUCUACCAGAUGCUGCACAUGCGCGGUGGAAGACCAUCAGCUUCCCCCGACCCCAUCGAAGCUCGACGGCGACUCCGCGUGUCUGCUGCGUUAUGUGCGCUCAGCCAGGAGCUCAGCUGCAGGUAUGGAGUGCCGCCAAGCAUGGGUGUCGAGAAUCUUGAGGCUGGCCUCACGGAGGUAGAUGGUGCGGAAACGCCCAUGUCAAAAGCAUUUUACAAGCGAGCCAAGCUGGUGAUUAUCCACUCCGAGAUCUACAUGCGACUAUAUGGUAGCCAGAGGACCCGUCAGACGAGACAGAAGUUGUUUGAAAUAGUUUGCGAGCUCGAGAUUCGCCUGAUACAAUGGAGAAAGGAUUUAUGGCCCGCGAUGGACACAGAUCCUGACGUGUCAAUCUUUGCUGACCUAGAUAAAGCCAUGACGAUUCAUAUUAUCGAUUUAUAUCUGGCGGACCAUAAUGGUAUCCAGUUGAUGCAAUGGACGUUAAGGGGGUUCCGAACGGGUACUGCGACGGGUCCACCGCGUGUUGUACUUGGCGACGAUCAACAGGGUAUGGCAAUUUCGAGGAUCAGAUCCGCGAAGUCGGCCAAAGCUACACUAUCUCUAAUCGUGGCCCUAGAUUGGGUACCAUUUGCUACUCUAUGGUCUCUACUGGGCUAUUUUGUCUCCGCAGUUGUCAUUUUGUUUGCAGUUGCGGUGGAUCAACCUGCUGCACCAGAGGCGAAUUCGCAUACCUCGGCAUUGGAGAAGUUUGUAGUAUCUCUCGGGCUCAUCACGAGAGAGCACAGUUUCGACCUGAAAAUGAUGCUAUCAUUUUGCGCACAGCUGACGCGCAUCGCGCGAGGCGCUAUAGAAAAAUCCACCGAGGCGCCGGCAUCUUCACAGACUACUCAAUUGGCCGAACGGGCACAGACAGUUCUGAGGCUCAUCGACGAGGCGGCCUCUCCUAUGUCGUUGAUGCACAACUUCAUGGGCAACGUAAAGAACAAAGACUACGACAUCGCAGCGACCCUUGCCGAAGAGCUGGGAAUCCCCUGGAGCCCAACGCAGCGUUAUGGGCCUUUUGUACCAGAGUCGCUGAUGCCUGAAUCUUAUGCAUUUGAUUUCGAAAACUCGAUGGAUCCACCCAUCUGUGGGAGUGUAUUAGCAGGUGCUUGAGGCUGUCGUUUCGAUUACUACCUACGUGCACAAUGAACUUGAGAAUCAUCUUUUGGGUUGUAAAGAGCCGCUGAAGAAGA